GUUGUUGUCAGUUAAUUUUUCGUUAAAGAGAAAUGUGACGUCAAAAUUUUAUCAAAAGUUUCGCCUUAAAUGAUCAAAGAAAAGAGCCUGUAAUUCAUUUUUGUAAAAUAUUAGCAAUGGAUAUACCAUUAAUUAAAUUUCUGUGCGUUGCUAUAACUAGAAAAGCUAUUAUGCCUUCGCAAUUACUUUCGGGAGACAACAAAUAUGCGUGCUUGACUUAUUUAAUGAUGACGUCAUUUUUCCAUCGAUAUCAUUAAAAUAAGAGGUUUUUAUUUAUCCUUAAUCACAUUACAAAUGACCAAGCACAAAAAUUAAAGUGAAUCGAAGAGAACGACGAGCGUGCCGGUGGGAUGAGAGAUUUGAUUUAACUUGGCCUCCAAAAAUCUGGUCAACAUGCCUGAUCAUCUGGGAGGGGAUAUGCGGAAGGUGAAGCAUGAGCCUGAGGAAGAAGAAAAGGAGUUCAAAACCCUGGAUGAAGGUGAUAUUGCUCUUCUCAAAACAUAUGGCCAGGGCCAGUACAGCAAGUCCAUCAAACAGAUCGAGGAGGACAUCACAGCGGUCAGCAAACGGGUCAACGAGCUGACCGGCAUCAAGGAGUCGGACACGGGCCUGGCGUCGCCGGCGCUGUGGGACCUGGCCGCCGACAAACAGACCCUCCAGAGCGAGCAGCCGCUCCAGGUGGCGCGGUGUACAAAAAUCAUCAACGCUGACAGUGACGAGCCGCGCUACAUUAUCAAUGUGAAGCAGUUCGCCAAGUUUGUGGUCGACCUGGCCGACUCUGUGGCGCCCACAGAUAUUGAGGAGGGCAUGCGCGUCGGAGUGGACCGUAACAAGUAUCAGAUCCACAUCCCGCUGCCGCCCAAGAUCGACCCCACCGUCACCAUGAUGCAGGUCGAGGAGAAGCCGGACGUCACCUAUAGUGACGUCGGAGGAUGCAAGGAGCAGAUCGACAAACUGAGGGAGGUCGUCGAGACGCCGCUGCUGCACCCGGAGCGUUUCGUGAAUCUCGGCAUCGAGCCUCCCAAGGGCGUGCUGCUGUUCGGCCCUCCCGGCACGGGUAAGACGCUGUGCGCGCGUGCCGUGGCCAACCGCACCGACGCCUGCUUCAUCCGAGUUAUCGGAUCGGAGCUCGUCCAGAAAUACGUCGGAGAGGGCGCGCGAAUGGUACGCGAGCUAUUCGAAAUGGCGCGCACCAAGAAAGCGUGUCUCAUCUUCUUCGACGAGAUCGACGCAAUCGGCGGCGCGCGCUUCGACGACGGCGCUGGAGGUGACAAUGAGGUCCAGAGGACAAUGCUGGAGCUCAUCAACCAGCUGGAUGGGUUCGACCCGCGCGGAAAUAUCAAGGUGCUGAUGGCCACCAACCGACCGGACACGCUCGACCCGGCGCUGAUGCGUCCCGGCCGGCUCGACAGGAAGGUCGAGUUCGGCCUGCCCGACCUCGAGGGGCGCACGCACAUCUUCAAGAUCCACGCACGCUCCAUGUCGGUGGAGAAGGACAUCCGGUACGAGCUGCUGGCGCGGCUGUGCCCCAACAGCACAGGUGCCGAGAUCCGGUCCGUGUGCACAGAGGCCGGCAUGUUUGCCAUCCGAGCCAGGCGCAAGGUCGCCAGCGAAAAGGAUUUCCUGGACGCCGUCAACAAGGUCAUCAAGUCGUACGCCAAGUUCAGCUCCACUCCCAAGUACAUGACGUACAACUAGGAGUCAGUGGAGCGCCCGAUCCCGGCCGCCAGUCCGUGAUGGAGGCCACCUUUACAUCGUCGUCCUUAAGGCAUAACAUGCAUUCGCUCGAUGCUGUCGUUCUCUGCGGAUAUAAUACAUAUGUUGGAUUGGAAACCCGAAA